AUGGCAUCUAUUCAAGAGAGUAUUAAUCCGAAUCCUUAAUCAUCAGACAAUCAUAAUCAAGAGAGUGAUUAGGACCUCAGAGAUAAAGUUGCAAAAGAAGGCUAUAACAGUGAUGAUGAGCAUUCUUAGUUUUCAAAUUAAAACAGCAACAGUGAUUCAAGCAGUGACAGCGAUGAGGACAAUGAGUAUGAUGAAAAUAUACAACAAUAUAUUGAGAUCAAUCCUGAUGAAGAGGGAGAAGACCCUCUCAAUGCUGAUAGUUUCUAUUCUGACAACAAUGAACUUAUCCAAACUAGAAAUAAGCGAAUGUAUGAGUAUAAUAGUUCAAAGUCAAUGAAAAAAGAAUCAAAUAAGCUGCUAUUGGUACCUCCUCCUAAUCCACUUCUUCCUAAAAAGGUACAAUAAGUAGAAUCUAUAAAAUCUGGUUUCUUGCAAAAAUUUAUGUAGGUUAAAUCAUCUUAAAACUAUUAGAGAACUGAAAAGGCCAGAUGUGAUGGAGAAAGAGAGAGCCGUUUGUGGUAUUCCAAAAUCUAACCAUUUAGUGAAAAAAAUCCUAUAGUCUACAGCAGAUUUGGAAAGUAAUUUUAUGAGGCAGAUGAGAAAUUUAAAUCCAAUAACUUCUCAUCUUUAAUUCGCACAUGCAAUCUUAAAAAACUUACUAAGGGAUUACCUGGUGAUACAUAAUAUUAACCUCAAAUCAUAAACUAACCUCUUUCGAUUAAGGAUUAUUUGAAUUACAAGGAAGAGGGCGAAAAAUAUCUUCAGCAAUACCAGUAAAUACCUGCUCCUCAGAGAACAUAUUAUGUUCCUAGAAGUAUUUCUGAUAUGACAUUAGUGUUUGAGAGUAGAUUUGAGUCUGGCAAUUUACAACUAGCUCAUAAAGUUUCUGAUAAUGAGUACAACUUGAUACUCUAAAAUGAUAUAAACUCGAAAGGUCACACUCAGUGGUUCUAUUUCAGAAUACAGAACACUAGAAAGAAUAUGAAAGUCAAAUUUAAUCUCUUAAACUUUAUCAAGCCUAAAAGUUUAUUUAAUGAAGGAAUGAAAGUAUUAACUUACUCUGAGAAAAAAUUAAUCUCUGAAAAGCAAGGAUGGACAAGAGGAGGAGAAGAAAUAAAUUAUUUUUAGAAUAAUUUCAGAAGAGAACACAUGACAAACUAUCAAAGAUGCCAUUAUACUCUCACAUUUACUCAUAAAUUUGAAUAUGACUAUGAUACUGUACUAUUUGCUUACUCUCAGCCUUAUACUUAUUCUGAUCUGAUUGAAGAUCUAACAAAUAUAGAGAAAAGUAAACUAGAAUUUGUAUCAAGAAAUACUUUAUGCCGGACUAUAGCAGGGAAUAGAUGCGAGUAUCUGACUAUUACAAAUAGGACAUAAGGCAUGGAUUAAAAGAAGUAAUAAUAGAAAAAAGGAGUCGUGAUAAGUGCCCGAGUACAUCCUGGUGAAUCUAAUGCAAGUUGGAUGAUGAAAGGAGUAAUUGAUUUUCUAAUUGGAAAUAGUGAAGAAGCUCAAAUUCUUAGAAAUAAUUUCGUCUUUAAAAUUAUACCAAUGCUAAAUCCAGAUGGUGUAGUAAAUGGUAAUUAUAGAUGCUCAUUAGCAGGUUGUGACUUAAAUAGACGUUGGAAAUACCCACGAAAAAAUGUCUUUAUGUAUGGAAAUACAGAAUCUCAUUGCGCUGAAUCAACUAGAAUUUUCCCGUAUCUUAUGUCUAAAUUAGCGAGCCCACAUUUUUCAUAUGAUUAUUCAAGAUUCAAAAUAUAAAAGAACAAAGAAUCGACAGCUCGUGUAACACUUUGGAGAGAAUUAAAAGUACCCAACAUCUUCACAAUGGAAGCAUCCUUUUGUGGUCCCAAAGCACCAAAUAAUAUUGAUCCAAAAUCGAAUGAGGCUAAAAAGUAUAAUUAUCACUUUACUGCUAAUGAUCUAAUGGAGAUCGGUAAAAAAUUAUGUUAAACACUUCUUCUAUAUUCUACUGGUGAAGUUAAUCCAGAUUAGUAAAUAGAAGAAAUUAAGCAAUAUCACAUUAGAAAGAACUCAUUGAAUACUAGCAUUUCCUAAACUACUUGUAGUUCAUUUAAUAAGUAAACAUCAUUCUAAUCAAAGAGACCACAAUAUGGGUUACUAAGAAAUAUCAAUCCAAUUUCCCAAAGUUUAGAUAAGAAACUAAAUUAAAUUUAGAAUUCUGAGCCAUUACUACCAACAAUCCACAGUAUUAAUAUGGAUGAUAUUAUGUUUGAACUAAAGAAAAAGAUAGCUGAAGAGAAGUCAAAAACAAUUUAAGAAAAUAAUCAAGAGUCAAGUAGCGGUACUGAUAGUGAUAGUGAGCCAUCUGAUGAUAACUUAGAUGCCAAUGAACUUAUCAAAAUAAUGCCGCAAAAGGUUAAAUAAUAUAGGGGAAUUGAACCCAAUUCAGAGAAUAAAAAAGACAAUUUACUUGGAAAUAUAGUAUAACCUAUCUAAUAAAGAAAAAGACAUUCAACUCAACGAGGAAUUUAUGACUUUAAAAAACCUGGGGUAGGAGGAAAUAAAACUCAGUACAAUUCAAUUUAAAAACGAAUGAAGGACAGUUGCACAUAGACAUCAGAAAAGGACGAGUCCUCAGAUUAUGAGCUUUCUGCUAUGGAAAAAGAUAUUUUCAUGUGUACAGGAUGUAGACCUGGAAAAUUGAAAAGAUUAAAACCAAUUCUGCCUUAAUCAUAGUUCUAGUAUUACUCUUCAGAUCAGAAAAAAAAUUCUGAAGGAUUAUCUGAUGGUGGUUAUAAAGACUAUAAUGGAAUGGUUGAUAGAAAUAAACAGAAAUUCUUAACAAAUGAACUGAAAAGACUAUAAGCAAACUUCGAAAAAAAGAUGCAAAGCUGUACAAAGCAAAAUGAGGUCUUAUUUAGUCAAAUAGCUUCUCACACUAAGGUUUAAAAAGGUCUCGAUAAAUUGAAAUAUCUCUUCAGAUCUAGACUCAUCAUUGGCUUUAUUGAGAUAUUUCAGGCAAGGACCAAUAGAAUUAAAUCAACUUGCAGAAAUCAAAGGGACUCCAAUAGUUGCUAACCUUUUUCAAAGGAAACUUAAUAGCUUUAACAACUAAAUAUAUAGGGCAAUAUUAAUAUAAUAACUAGUUUCCCUUCCUAAUACAUGAAGGAUCAGAACAAUUAUAGCUGUAGAGUUAAUAAAAGUGGUCUAAUUGAAGAUAUCUAGAGUUAAGGCUAAUAAAUUGUAACUACCACAAAAGAUCCUUAGAAUCAAUUGAUACCUUCUAAAAAAGUAACCACUAGAAGAAAGAUAUCAUCGCUUUACCCUUAAAACCUAAAAUAAAAUUUAACUUCCCUAUCAUCCUCAAAUACAAAUUCAUCAAUAGUAAAUGCAAAUGCCUCCAUUAGUAACAUUAAUAAUCAGUUAAAUACCUAAUGCUUUAUUAGCAGCUCUUUCGGCAAUAAAGAAAAUUAUGGUUCAUUUGGUCAUUCAUCUAUCUUCCCUCAAAUGACCAAUAACAGUUCUUCCUAUUUGUAUCAUUAGAAAUAGCUGUCACCUAUGGUCCAUUUCUCACACAACAGACUUUAAAAUGUAUUGCCUUAGAAUAAAGAUGGAAUUAUAUUAGAAAAGAUUGAAGAGAAGAUAGCACAGCGAAGUGCAAGCUCAAAUACUUAUGAUGGGCGCAAGUUUAUGAAUCAACGAAACAAAAUGAAUGACUUAAAUAGAUAGUAGCAUAUUAAAACCCAGAAUAAAUCAAAGGAGGACUUUUCCUAGAAUAACAUAAGAAUAUAGAAACUUUAAAGCUAAGCUCAGAUAAGCCAAGGAAUCGUAGGUAUAAUUAGAAAGUAAAAGUAACUCUUUAAAGAUAGAACUAGCAAUCAUGUAAAUUUAGAAAUCGUUAAUGCAACAGCUAAUCAAGAAUGA